UAUCUAUCUAUCUAUCUAUCUAUCUAUGCAUCCAUCCACCUCCGUCUACCCAUCUGUCUGUCUGUCUGUCUGUCUAUUGUGAUUUAACCUGCCUAAUUUUUAUCCCCAUGCCCUGGGUGCCUGAGACCGAGAGCAUAUUUUGGAACAGCGUCCUGCAGAGGGCUCCGUGGUAGCUGAGGCCAUGGCUGUGGCCCCUGGCCAAUGUGACUGGGGUCCUCUUGUCCCAGAGCCAGACCCCCACUUGGACAGAGGGAGAGGAGGUACAGCCAGCCCCAUGGCAGAGGCUGGAGCCGGAGCUCCGGACAUCUUUCCCACCCUCCAUCCCUGGAGGCCUGGGAUGACAGGCCUGUUUCUUUCUGUUCUUUCUCUGUGGAAGGCAUCUUGAGUGGGAAAUCCUGUCUGAUUUCUUUUUUCCCCAGGUGGUGCAGUGAAAAUAAACUUGAUUGAACUUGAGAUUGUCCUGCCUCAGCCUCCUGUGGUUGUGGAAGUACAGUUUGGUGACCCCGACGCACCUGGUGCCCCGUCCCCAGCGUCCUGUGUCUGUCUCUGUCCCUCUCUGUCCCAGGGUCUCCCCACAGCCCGCAGCCUGUGUCCCCCUGUGGUGUAGGGGUGCACGCAGCCAGGGCAGAGGUGGAGGCUGAGUCACUGUCCUGAGCCCAGCCCCCCGCCCCGCCUCGUCCCAUGCAGGACUGAGUCACGCGCCCUGCUGAGGUCACGGCCAGCUUCACUGAUACCAGGGCCGGGUGUCACACGACGCUCAGAGCUCUGGGGACCCCAGAUGUCCUAGAGAGACCCUCAGAUGUCCUGGGGACCCCCAGAUGUCCCAUGAGAUGCUCAGAUUUCCCGGGGACUCUCAUGUCCUGAAAGACCCUCAGAUGUCCCAGGGGGCUCCCAGCUGUCCGACACAGACCCUCAGAUUUCUUGGGGGAUUCUCAGAUGUCCUGGGAGACCCUUAGAUGUCCCGAGGGACCCCCAGAUGUCCCAGGGACGUUCAUAUCCUGAAAGACCCUCACAUGGUCCGGGGUUCCCCCACACAUCCCGGGAGACCCUCAUGCCCCAGGGGACCCCCGAUAUUCCACACCCCCUGGAUGUCCCAGGGGACCCUCAGCUGUCCGGGGACCCGGACGUCCGCUCCCUGAGAGGCAGGGGUGUCUGUGAAGGGAAAGUCAUCAGCCCUCGGAGUGAGGAAGCUUUGUGCGGAAAUCGCUCCUCCUGGACGCGGGAAAUCACGACGGAAACGGAGCGCGCCCUGUCACCUCGUCUCUCUGGAGGCUGAGGCGGGAAGAUCUCGCAUUCCAGCCCAACCAAGGACACUUAGCAAGGGAGUGAGACCCUGCCCCGAAGUUUAAAAUGCUAAGACAGGACAGGAACGCGGGACACGAAGCUGCCACGGCGGCAGGAAGGAAGGAAGGAAGGAGCGGGCGCGGGCGGAGGGCUGAGCAAGGGGCCGGGCGCGCUAUCGCCGCAUCUCCCCGCUUUCCAUGACGGAGCCGCGCGGACUCCCCGGCCCGGCCCGGCGCCCUGCUCGGAGCACACUCCCCACCCGCAGGAUGGGCCGGCGGCUCCAGCUUCCUGGACCCCGUGUGGCCACCGUGUCACAGCUGCUGGGGCUCUGGAUCCUUCUGAGCGUGGCCAGAAGCUCAGGACAGUCCUCCCUCGGGCCAGCUCGGGACGCACGGUCGCCCAUCACCAAGCUGCAGCUGCGCCCGCGGCAGAAGACGCUGACGUGGGAGUGCGCGAGCCCGGUGGGCAGCGCCGCCUGCCGCCUGGACGCCCCGCUGAGCGCGCCCGUGAGCACCACGCCCAGGGCACUGGACAAGGACACGUAUUUCUGCUACUUCCCCAACUCGGUCCUGCACCGCGGAGCCACGUUCACCGUCUACGCCGUGGUCGCCAACUCUACCUUCCAGGAGACCCUGCACUUCCACAACCCCGGCAGGGUCGGGGCCGGGGCCACCAACCUGUCCUGUGUCAUCUACGACGUGCACUCCAUGAACUGCAGCUGGGCACCCGGCCCCGAAGCCCCCGGGGACACGCGCUACCAGCUGUUCCUCUGGUUCAACCCGAGACACGAUGAGUCCGAAUGCGCUCACUACCUCCUGGACACAAAGAGGAUGCGCGUGGGCUGCCAUUUCGCCCAGCUCCCCGGGGAGCCCAAGACGACAGAUAAUUAUUUCUUCCUGAUCAACGGGACCAGCAGCGAGGCCGCCAUCCCAUUCCUGGACACGGUGCCUUUCGUGCCCUUUCUGAACGAGAAAUACAGCCCGCCCGCCAAUGUCACGGUCAGCCCCGCCGGCCUGGGCUUCGUCGUGCGCUGGGACGAGCCGGUGCGGAGGUUCCAGCAGAACCGGGGCACGCUGUACUACGAGCUGGACAUCCGCAGGAAGGGCGGCGUCGCCAACAGCCAGUCCGUUCUGCAGCGCGGACACGCCCAGAACCGGUACCCGCUGCCCGAGGGCGCGGCGGGCAGCUCCGUGCGCCUGCGCGUGCGCCACCUGCGCGGCACCAUCUGGAGCGAGUGGAGCGCUGCUGUCCCUUUCGGCCGGGAGCAGGGCUACGAGAGCCUCACCCUGGCCCGGGUGCUGGCAGGGGUGGGAGCCAUCACCCUGUGCGCCGUGGUGAUGAUGGUCGUCUGCAGAAGGUCCUCGCUGGGGCAGUGGCUGCUCCCGCCCGUGCCGCAGGUGAAGGACGAGCUGACGGGCGCGUUCGUGUGGGAGCAGGAGGUCACCGGGAAACAGGCCGGGCCUGAGGCAGAUAACCUGGAGCCCGAAGACAUCCUGGUGGUGGACGAGCCGCAGUGAUCCCCCCGCGCACCCUCCUGCAGGCUUCGCUUGCUCUCCCACCCGCUGGGGGCCCACGUGCACGGCGCGUCUCCGACAGGGGCGUAAGGUCACAACCGGGAGGCUGAGGCGGGAGGAUCACAAGUUGGAGCCCAGCCUGGGCAACUCGGAGAGUCAGCGAGACCCGGCCUCAGGGGAAAAACUAAAGAAGGGCUGGGGACGGAGCUCUGUGCGCACACCCUGGGUUCAAUCCCCAGCACCGGAAAUAGAAAGAA